AUGAGACCAGUAGACAUUACAGAGAGGGGCAUAAGAGACACCGGCUACAAAGUUGGCGAUAGGUGGAUUCACGUACCGGAGAUGGUGCCCGAGUUGAUUGUACCCUCGUUGGAAGGCUUCACCCUGAAACCGUACGUGUCGUAUAGAGUGGAAGGGAUCGAGAACCCGGAAUUCACCGCCCAAGAUCUGUUCGACGCAGUGUACGCCGAGAAGAUACAGGAGGACUUUGCGAACGGCCAGCUGGACGAGAACGGGCAGCCGUUGGAGCCUAGCGAGUACGAGAAGCUCACGACGCAGGAGGCCAAGGAUCAGGCCGGGAAAACGGGCUGCGACCUUUUCAAUGCGCGCAAACCGUUGUAAGUUUCCCGCUGGACGCCUCAGUCUGCAACGCUAAUGUAAAUACAAGUUUCCCCUGUGAAUAUGUACCGCGUCGAAAAUAAAGGGGGACUCCCGCCGGAUGCCCGUGACACACCA